AGGUGGUGGGGGUGCGCGUGCGCUCGCAAUCAACGCUAGUACGCGUGCGCACAGGGCUUUGCGCCCACCGCGCCCCAUGCCGUCGGUUUGCGGCGCACGCGUGUACCCUACUUCUGAUUCCGGAAACCCCGUGAUUUCCAGCUGCUUCCGGUUGUAUGUUCCGGGUCAUCACAGUCCCCUGCCUCAGGGUUAUCAGUUCACCAUCUAUACGGCAGGUGGCCCCUUCUGCCUGGGUGCCAGGUCAGCUGACACAGAAAUGGCAGGAAAGGAGAACAACUUCCCCCCGCUGCCUCACUUCCUGCCGCUGAAGCCCUGCUUCUACCAGGACUUCUCUGAUGAGAUCCCGGUGGAGCACCAGGUGCUGGUGAAGAGGAUCUACCGGCUGUGGAUGUUUUACUGCACCACGCUGGGUGUAAACCUAGUGGCCUGCCUGGCCUGGUGGAUUGCGGGCGGAGCGGGUGCCAAUUUUGGCCUGGCCAUGCUCUGGCUUGUUCUCUUCACUCCCUGCAGCUAUGUGUGCUGGUUCCGGCCAGCCUACAAGGCCUUCCGAGCCGACAGCUCCUUUAACUUCAUGGCAUUCUUCUUCAUCUUUGGAGCCCAGUUUGUGCUGACCGUCAUUCAGGCCAUCGGCUUCUCGGGCUGGGGCGCGUGUGGUUGGCUGGCCACCAUUGGGUUCUUUGGGACCAGCGUUGGGGCUGCUGUGGUGAUGCUGAUCCCAGCCAUCAUGUUUUCCUUAUCCGCUGUCGUGAUGGCCAUCACUAUUGUGAAGGUACACAGGAUCUACCGUGGGGCUGGCGGAAGCCUCCAGAAGGCACAAACAGAGUGGAGUGCUGGCACCUGGAGGAACCCGCCGUCCAGGGAGGCCCAGUUUAACAGUUUCUCUGGGAACAGCCUGCCUGAAUACCCCACUGUCCCCAGCUACUCGACCAGUGGAGGCCAGUGGCCUUAGGCGGCUGGCUAGCCCCAGCACCAUGCUCUGUCUCCUGCUACCACCCUCGGUCUUGAGGCCUGAGCAUCUCCCCAGGGUCCCAGGAGGUCCUUGGCCCGUCCGUGUUCAUCUCUUGUCAGACCCUGAGCAAGCACUGCCCAGCAGCCACUGUCCACUGCCAUCCUGCGAGCCCGGCUAUGUUUGCCCUGCUCCAGCCUGCACAAGGAGAGCCCCCAGCCCCCAAGUCCCUGGCCUUUGUUACGGAGAUAUGUGUCACUAAGCCCAGUGCACGUGUGUAGAUGAGUGUGAGUGGACAGUCAGGAGUGUGGCAGUUGUACCUGCGUCCUCUGCCGUCCACUAUACCCAUGUUCCUCGGGGUCCUGCUAUGUCCUUGUCCCAUCCCUUGUGACAGUGACAACCUGCUGUCCCUUCCAACACCCAGGAUCCUGAGUAGAGCUCUGCCCACUUGCACUUCACUUGGUCAAGGGUACUCUGGCCUCUCUGUGGGCAAGUGAAGGAGAGGGACCGGCUCUGUUGCAGGGCAGGCCAUACCCCCAGCAGCAGGAUUGCCGGGACACACCUGUGCCUUAGAGAGACCUGUGCUUCCUCCCCACAUCCUCUGCCUUCCCGGGCAGCUGUGGCCUUGGUCAAGAGAACCAAACUGAGUCUUGGAGUGUCCACAGCACCUCUGAUGACACUGGACUCAGUGUUCUUCCUUGCGACCUGAUGCUACCAGCCAAGUCACUGAGUCCCCAAG